AUGGUGUUUGUAACUAAUAUCAGGCGGAAUACCAAAGUAAAGAAAAACACAACUUUCGUGGACGUCUCAGACAACUCAGUGCACAUGCCGUUUCAAUACAACGAGCUCGAAGCCAAAUUGGCUAGGCACAUGAAGAAAUCACCAAAAAGGACGAUACAGAAGAUCAUAAAGAAAAAUAAGAACUACAAAAAGAGACUGUAUGCCAAAAUGAUAAGUAGCACUACUACUAUUACAACAUCAACCAAAGUCGCAAAUAAUGAACAGAGCCUCAAUCGGAAAAACAAAGAAGUAACCACUCCGGCAGCUCAUAGAAGGAAAAACAACAAAUACAAAUACAACAGAUGGUCUCGUAACCCACUGCCUUUCCACAACUUAGGACAAAGAAGAUUCAAAAGAAAACUGGAAAAGGAUAAUGCGUACAUACUGGAAGAUUUUGAUGAAAUUGAAUUUCUAAGUCAGGACAAGGAGGGCAUUGAUGCUGAUGCUUUCAAUGUACCUGUUAAACAUUAUUGGUAGAAUGUAGAAUAAAGUGUUUA